AUGUUUGGCCCAUUGCAGUACUCAUACACGGCGGAUGAUGAGUACGAUCAGCUCCCACCGUUACCGCCGCAGAUGAAAGCACCUCCUAAAAAAGCUGCACAUCUACUCGAUAUCCCUACUGGUAAUAAUGCCUGGAGUGCAGUUUUACAACAAGCUGAAAUUCGUCGACGUAAACGACGACAGACAACGCCUGAACAUCCAAGUCGCGCUCUAUUUUGUCUAUCACUUGAUAACAAACUACGUCGUACUUGUAUCAAACUAGUCGAAUGGAAACCUUUUGAAUAUUUGGUGCUGUUAACAAUCUUUUGUAAUUGUGGUGCAUUAGCUUUGAGCAAACCAUUACCACAUAAUGAUACAACACCAACAAAUUCUAUUCUAGAACAAAUUGAGUACAUCUUUUUGGCCAUCUUCACGCUUGAAGUCGUUCUAAAAAUCAUUGCCUAUGGUCUAUGUCUGCAUCCGAAUGCAUAUCUGCGAAGUGGAUGGAAUUUACUUGAUUUUAUUAUUGUUGUUGUCGGAUUUCUGAGUGUUAUAUUAGUCCGAUAUAAUGUCCAAGGUUUUGAUGUCAAAUCUCUGCGAGCAUUUCGUGUGAUUCGACCAUUAAAACUUGUCAAUGGUGUACCAAGUCUACAAAUUGUGUUAAAUUCAAUUUUACGAGCGAUGUUGCCAUUGUUACAUAUUGCUCUGUUGGUACUCUUUGUCAUUACGAUCUAUGCCAUCAUCGGUCUCGAAUUAUUUUGUGGUAAAAUGCAUAUGACUUGCUACUACAAUGGAACGACUAUUAUGCCACCAGAGGAUCCAGUUCGGCCGUGUGGUGAGAAAGGAAGGAAAUGUCCUGCUGGUCAGGAAUGCAAAGACAUCGGUUGGGUAGGCCCGUGGUUUGGGUUCAUCAACUUCGAUAACUUUGGUUUGGCUAUGUUAACUGUCUUUCAAUGUAUAACAAUGGAAGGAUGGACGUCAAUUCUAUAUCGGCUGGAGUCGUUUUCUAUUGUUAUUGAUCGUGAAUCUCAUCGGAAGUCGAAUGAAUUUGAAAUAGCGAGAAUGAAUGAUGCUAUUGGACGUGAAUGGGCUUGGAUUUAUUUCGUUUCAUUGAUAAUUAUUGGCUCUUUUUUCGUCAUGAACUUGGUUUUAGGUGUUCUAAGCGGUGAAUUUUCUAAAGAAAGAGAAAAAGCUAAACAGCGUGGCGAUUUUCAAAAAUUGAGAGAAAUUCAAAUUAUUGAUGAAUCUUUUCGAAAUUACAUGGCAUGGAUUCGUAAAGCUGAAAUCGGAAAUGAUACUACUGAUGGUGCCGAAAAUGAGGUUGCUUUGGAUGCAUCUGGUGAACCGAUCAAAAAGCAGGGCAGAUUAGAAACACAUUGCAGUUGGCUCUACGAAAAACUACGAUACAUUCGAGUGUUUCAUGCUUAUACACGACGUCGCAUCCACACCAUGGUGAAAUCGCAAACAUUUUAUUGGAUUGUUAUUAUUCUUGUCUUGAUGAACACAGUCGUGCUAGCCAGUGAAUAUUAUCUCCAACCUGAAUGGUUAACUGAAACUCAAGAAUAUGCCAAUCGAAUCUUCGUCGUGUUGUUUUCAUUUGAAAUGCUUUUGAAAAUGUAUUCACUCGGCAUAACUGGCUAUUUCGUAUCAAAUUUCAAUCGCUUCGAUUGUUUCGUUGUUAUUGCCUCGAUUGUUGAAUUCGUUCUCAUCUUCAAAGAUCUUAUGCCACCAUUGGGUAUAUCUGUGUUGCGAUGCGUUCGUCUUCUACGUGUAUUCAAAGUGACACGAUACUGGACAGCCUUGAGAAAUCUAGUUGCGUCUUUGCUUAAUUCCAUGAAAUCAAUCGCAUCUCUACUGUUGCUUCUAUUCUUGUUUAUUGUCAUCUUUGCUCUUCUGGGUAUGCAAAUGUUCGGAGGCAAAUUCGAUGAAAUCUUCACCGUCGAAGAGAAACCACGAAACAAUUUCGAUUCAUUCUGGGGUGCAUUGAUUACUGUAUUUCAAAUAUUAACGGGUGAAGAUUGGAAUGAAGUGUUAUACACAGGCAUUCGUGCUUUGGGUGGUUUGGGAUUGGCUGGUACGGUCGUUUGCGUUUAUUUCAUUGUUUUAUUUAUCUGUGGUAAUUACAUUUUACUGAACGUCUUCUUGGCUAUCGCCGUUGAUAACUUGGCUGAUGCGGAGAAUUUGACUGCUGCCGAAGAAGAAGAGCAAAAGAAACGUGAAGAAGCGAAAUUGAGUGAAGAAGACAAGCCUAAUGGGGAUGUUCAAGGCACUGACCGAGCAACCGCUGGAGAAGCCGGAGCAGUUGACACAGUAGGCGAUGGAACUGAAGAAAAAGUGUUAGGUGACGUUGGAGAAAAAGUUUCGCAACAUGAAGAUAAUGAAGCUGAAGCUGAACUCAAUGAAGGUGCGACUGGUGAAACUGACGACGAAGACAGAGCUACAGCCAGACCUCGCCGUUUAUCUGAACUCAAUAUCGUGGAAAAAGUCAAACCAAUUCCACCGUACUCUUCCUUGUUUCUCUUCAGUCACACGAAUAAAUUUCGAAUCUAUUGUCAUCGUGUUUGUAAUCAUCGUGCAUUUGGUUACAUUGUGCUUAUUUGUAUUCUACUCUCGAGUAUAUCCUUGGGUGCCGAAGAUCCAGUCGAUUCGGAUUCAGUUCGAAAUCGGAUUUUAAAUACAGCCGAUUACUUUUUCACAGCAGUGUUUACCAUUGAAAUCUGUUUAAAGGUUAUUUCUUAUGGUUUAAUUUUCCAUCCAGGUGCUUUUGCUCGCAACCGUUUCAAUAUUCUUGAUAUUGUCGUCGUCUCAGUGUCAUUAAUAUCUAUGGUCAUCAAAGAUCGUGCCAUGUCCGUCGUGAAAAUCCUUCGUGUUCUUCGUGUGCUGCGUCCAUUGCGUGCUAUUAAUCGAGCUAAGGGCCUUAAACAUGUCGUGCAAUGCGUCGUGGUAGCUAUCAAAACUAUUGGGAAUAUCAUGUUAGUGACAUUUCUCUUACAAUUCAUGUUCGCUUGUAUGGGUGUUCAACUGUUCAAAGGAACGUUCUAUUCGUGCAAUGAUAAAUCUAUGCUGACGAAAGAACAUUGCAAGGGAUAUUAUUUGAAAACAAGCGAAAACAGUGUUUCGAAAGAAGCACGAGUAUGGGAAAACUCCAAAUUUCAUUUUGAUAAUGUUCCUCAAGCUCUCCUAACUCUGUUCACCGUUGCAACAUUUGAAGGCUGGCCAGCUCUAUUACAUACUGCCAUCGAUUCGAAAGCAGAAGGCCAUGGUCCAGUGUAUAACUAUCGACCAUUCGUCGCGCCGUUCUUCAUCACAUUUAUUAUUGUCAUUGCGUUCUUUAUGGUUAAUAUCUUCGUCGGUUUCGUCAUCGUUACAUUUCAAAAUGAAGGUGAACAAGAAUAUAAAAAUUGCGAGUUGGACAAAAAUCAACGCAAAUGUAUCGAGUUUGCUCUGAAAGCGAAGCCUAUUAAACGUUAUAUUCCAGUCAAAAAGACACAAUUGAAAAUCUGGUGGUUUGUCACAUCCCCGCCAUUUGAAUACGCAAUUUUCUCUCUAAUUAUGAUCAAUACUGUCGUACUGGCGAUGAAAUAUCACAAACAACCUGAUAAUUAUUCGAAAGCAUUGGAUUAUUUAAACAUUGUGUUUACAACCAUCUUCGGCUUGGAAUUCGUGCUCAAAAUGGCUGCGUUUCGUUUUCGACAUUACUUUAGUGAUCCAUCGAAUUGUUGUGAUUUCAUUAUUGUCGUUGGUAGUGUAAUCGACAUUGUCUACACCGAUGUCAUCGCGCCGGGUACCAAUGUUAUCAGUAUCAAUUUCUUCCGUCUGUUUCGUGUCAUGCGUUUGGUAAAAAUUCUCAGCCGUGGAGAAGGUAUUCGAACAUUAUUAUGGACAUUCAUAAAAUCAUUUCAAGCAUUACCUUACGUUGCUCUUCUGAUUGCGAUGCUGUUUUUUAUCUACGCUGUCAUUGGAAUGCAGAUGUUUGGUAAAAUCGCCAUGGACGAAGAUACAGAAAUCAAUUCUAACAACAAUUUUCAAACCUUUUUCAAUUCAUUGCUUGUGCUGUUUCGAUCAGCGACAGGUGAAGCUUGGCAAGAAAUCAUGUAUGCUUGUGGUCCAAGUGCCAAUGCGAAAUGUGACAGCCGAUCACGAUCUCGAAAAGAUGAAUACUGUGGAAGCUAUUUUGCGAUCCCGUACUUCCUGUCGUUCUACAUCCUUUGUUCGUUUUUGAUUAUCAACUUAUUCGUCGCUGUCAUUAUGGACAAUUUCGAUUACUUGACUCGCGAUUGGUCUAUCCUUGGUCCUCAUCAUCUGGAUGAAUUCGUUCGUCUUUGGUCCGAAUAUGAUCCAGAAGCAAAAGGACGUAUCAAACAUCUCGAUGUAAUCACACUAUUGAGAAAAAUCUCACCACCACUCGGCUUUGGCAAACUUUGUCCACAUAGAGUGGCUUGUAAGAAAUUGGUAUCAAUGAAUAUGCCAUUGAAUCAAGAUGGUACUGUUAUGUUCAAUGCUACACUUUUUGCACUCAUUCGUACAUCGUUAAAAAUUAAAACCGAUGGAAACAUCGACCAAGCGAAUGAAGAACUUCGUGCGGUUAUACGCAAGAUUUGGAAGCGAACACCUCAGAAAUUGCUCGACCAAAUUAUUCCUCCGCCGGGCUCUGAUGAUGACGUGACGGUGGGAAAGUUCUACGCUACAUUUCUUAUUCAAGAUUACUUUCGUCGAUUCAAAAAGCGUAAAGAACAAGCAGCGAAACAGGUGACACUGGGCUUUUCCGGUGCCAGUAAGAAUUCAGUGGCAUUACAAGCGGGAUUGCGACAAUUGCAUGACUUGGGCCCGGAAAUCCGACGAGCGAUAUCAGGAGAUUUGGAUGACGAAGAAACAUUCAAUCGGUUCUGGCGCGAAGAAGAGCCGCAGCACCACCGAGAUCAUUCAUUAUUUGGUACAAUGAUUGAUGCAUUUACACGUGCUAUACGUAAGCCACAACAAGUACUUGGUUAUGCGCAUAGUUUUUCAGCAACGAAUGUUGUCUCACCACCUCCACCACCAGGCACACGUCUUCGACGUGAACCAGAUGGGCCAGUAUCAGUGAAAAUCGAAGGUGAUCCCAAUUUUCAUACGCCAUCACCGUUUCGCAUCGGAGCUAUUACUGCUGAACGACGUGGUAUCGAACCAGACAGUUACGUGUUUCAAGUACCGGAACAUGAAGAAGGACCUUUGGGACCGUUGACAUUAGAACGUCGAGGAAAUAUUCGCAAAGAGAGUAGUUUUCGUUAUCGGGAACCGUCGGUCGCAUCCAAUCAAGAGUCCGUACCACAUCCUCGUCGUCGUUCUGUAUUAGCACGUAUAUUCGCUAAGCGUAAAAACGAUAGUCAAGAAUCAGCUCUAGUCAAAGGUUCAGCAAGUAUUGAUGAUUCAAAUCAACCGCAAACUGCUACGGUAAAUCGCGCAUUAAUCGUCGAAAAUGGCAAUACCAUACGCACACAGACAAUCAAUCCGACUGGAUCCCUCACCCUGCACCCCGUCGCAUCUACUAUCCAACAACGUCAACCACUAGCAUCCACACAUAUGUAUAAUACGAAUCACUACUAUCAAGAUCCACCAAUUCGUACUCCCACGCAACCUUAUUCAAUGCAAUUACUAGAUAGAGAUAACGUCGAAGAAUUAGUCAACGCCUGUCUGGAUACAUCCGGUAUCGAUCGACGGUAUAGCGCAUUAAUCUUAGAAGAAUUACGCGAUUGUACAAAUUUGACUCAUGAUCAAUUACGACAAGCAGCACUUGAACUCACAAGACAGAUCCGUGCAAAUUCUCCUCAGUAUGCAUCCGUUACGUCCUCUGCAUAUGACUCACCAGCAGCAACUAAUCUUCCAUCAUCAGAUGAACGUCUUUAUGAGUCAUCUAAUCGUUAUGCUAAUGUGUGA